AACCUGCCUCUUCGGGAGGAUUUGCUCGUGCUGAACUACAGCUGCCAGAGUUUGGAAGCUUAGAUCAGUUGCCGUUCAAGAGGAAAAUAUUGUUUAAGGAAAUACUUUUGCGAGUCACAGCUCCCUUUUCUGUUUUGUUUUGUUUACUUGUGGUUCGACCUUUCCCUCUGGAAUUUUGUAUUCCCAUAACGGACCAGCCUAAGAGGUGCUUUAGUAUUUUUAUGCAGAACCAUGUGGGCUUAAAGAAGCCAAAAAAGUCAUUCAGCCAUUGUACAGUGGAAAGCUGUGGACACAAGUAACAGCAAAUCAAUCCAUUGGUGCAAAUCUGGGGAGGAGACAGUUUAACGACAAAGGAGUGUGUUUUCUCUGAAAUCAUUGCUGCUAAAGGGCUCCAAACGGGAGAAAUAAAUCCAGUCUGCUUAUCGAGUCCCUGGCUCAGUGUGCAAGUGCUUUCAUGAGGUAACAUUGGGCCAAAGUCAACCUUUCUUUCUCCUUUCUGAAUCUGCAACCAAGAAAUGGGCCAGAAAAUCUCAGGGAGUAUAAAGUCUGUGGAUGUGAGGGAGCCCCCUUAUAGACCUGUUAAACGAGAGCUGAGGGGACCAGAUUUUUGCAAGCCUGCUCGACUGGACAUGCUGCUGGAUAUGCCCCCUUCCCAACUGGAGGUCCAGUAUAAACAUGCUUGGAACAAUGAAGAUCGAUCUUUAAAUAUAUUUGUAAAGGAAGAUGACAAACUAACUUUUCAUAGGCACCCAGUUGCCCAAAGCACAGAUUGCAUUCGGGGCAAAGUUGGCUACACAAGAGGCCUACAUGUCUGGCAAAUUCAUUGGCCCACCAGGCAACGAGGAACACAUGCUGUGGUGGGUGUAUCAACAGCAGAAGCUCCAUUACAUUCUGUAGGAUAUACAUCAUUGGUUGGUAGCAAUAGUGAAUCAUGGGGCUGGGAUCUGGGACGUAACAAACUUUAUCACAAUUGUAAAAACCAACCUGGGGUGACGUAUCCUGUUUUUUUGGAACCAGAUGAGUCUUUUGUACUCCCAGACUCCUUAUUGGUAGUUUUGGAUAUGGAUGAAGGAACGCUUAGUUUCAUUGUAGAUGGACAGUAUCUUGGAGUGGCCUUCCGAGGACUGAAAGGGAAAAAACUUUACCCUGUAGUCAGUGCAGUUUGGGGGCACUGUGAAAUUACAAUGAGAUACAUCAAUGGACUUGAUCCGGAACCCCUGCCUUUAAUGGACUUGUGCCGAAGAUCAAUUCGCUUUGCUCUUGGCAGAGAUCGUCUGCAUGACAUAGAAUCUCUACCUUUGCCCCAGUCUCUGAAAAAUUAUUUACAGUAUCAAUAAGAAGUCUUAGAAUCCUUUUUCUGGCCUCACGUUGGACUAAAUCAAUGCAAAUGGCAGAAAUUAUUGUUUACAUCAAAAUAGAAAUCUUUGUGGUGGACACUUGAGUGUUAUUUAAGUUUUAAUAUAUGUAUUUUUUUCUGAAUCAAUUGAAGCAGAACAAACUGGGGAAUACUAAAGUAUGCAAAAAACAUCAAUUUGAUCUAGAUUCACAAAUUAUCUGUUUCCUAUAGGACAGUAUCUAAGACUGAAUUCUCCCGGUCAGAUCCUGAGCUGGCACUUAUUGGCUUAGCUCCAUUGACUUCCGGUAGACACCAGCUGAAAAUCUGGCCCCCAAGAGUUAUCCUUAUGCAGAAUAGCAUCCUUUGAAUAAUGUGGUUACUAGUGAUAGAAAUAACAGUGUGUUAAGUUAACAAUAAUGUCUAAAUCUUAAGAUUUGACGUUCAGAAGUGCUGAGUAAUCACAGUUUAUCUGGAGUCUUGAAUACUUAGCCCUUAAUGUGUUAGAGGACCUAAGAUGUCUAAAAUAUAUGAAGUAAGUCAUUAUAUAGAACACCACUGCUGGAUUUAAAGAUACAUGAGAAAAGUUGUUCCUGAAGAGUGGAAGAUCAACUAAAUCGGAUAUGGUAAUAAAGUCAAUGCAGUCCAAUGUUUUCAAGACCAAAUCUCAUUCCUCCAAAGUUUUGCAUAGUUUAUAACAACAAAGCUGUUCACUAUCUUGAAAUUUUAGGAUAUUUACUUUUUAAGAAGCCUGUCACUUUUUUUAUUUGAACAAAUUUAUUAUUUUUAUGUUAUACCAACUCUAAAUACUUCUGCUCUCUUUUUAAUGUAUGUGUGAUAUGUUGUUUAUUUAUCUGUUUAAUGUCUGUGGAGUCCUCAUUUAACUGUUUUCAUCUUGGAAGGACUGAUUUACUUCCCCGCACCCCCAGAUGUAUACAUUUUUCAGGCUCAACCUGUUUGUAAAGAUGCUGCUUUCUAUUUGCAUUUCUUAUGUUUCAAGUUAUCUGCCUGAUCAGUUAUCUAGUUUUUAAACUGGAAGUUGUUGUAAUGGCAGGAUGUUGACUGUUGAGACUUAACUGCCUUCAGCAUAUUUUAAUGUGAAUUUACUGAUGAAUAAGGAGAAAAUUUCUAAUAAAGUCUACUGUCCAAAAUGAAA